AUGGAGCCCCGCAAAACCCCUCCAGAGUACUUCCUGGAGAUCUUCGCCGAUACCACCACGGUGCGCGAUGUAUUGAAAGGCGUCCUGAAUCUCAUCUUCUUCCACCGCUAUUUCCCCUCCAUCCGGCCGGUCAGCUUUGACGUCCUUGACUUAACACUCCCCGCCAUCAACGACGCAGACCUAGAAACCCUCAUCGAGUCGCGCGUGAAUGCGCUAGUCCGGCAGCACCUUUCCUCGGCGGCCGGUGGCCAAGAUGGGGUCGUCGGUGGGGGUGGCGGGGGAGUCCGCGGACGGAUCGCAGUCGAGUUCUACGAGAAGAAGCGACGUCGCUCGGGUCUAUGGUUUGGCGGAUUGGCCGGCAAAGGCGAAGAGGAGGUUUGCUGGGAGAUGUGGACGUUGGACGUGACCAUUGCCACACCCCGCACCGAGUCUGAGCGAGCAAAGGUCCGCAAGGCUAUGGGCAAUAUGCUUCAAAAAGCGGCAUUGAAGAUUCUCACCGUUGUCAACCGCGACAAAGAUCAUAUCCCGCCAAUUACGACCAGCGACUCGAACCCCUUUCCCUAUCGGAUUGUCGUCAAUCCCCGUACCGAUAACUGGGGCAAUCGCAUGGGACUGUAUUAG